AUUAUUUGGUAUGUUUAGAGAGAGAGAGAGAGAGAGAGAGAGAGGGUAUGUGUUCGAUGUUGAACUCGCAGGGGAUGGCGCUGGCCACCGCCAUGGCUGCGGUAUCGGGCACUGUGAUUCUUCUGUCUUUUUGCAUCCAAAAAUCCAUUCCCACUGCCCAGUUCUCAAUUCACCCCUUCUCGCCUCCAAAUCUUCGCUCCUGUAUUCCUUCUGAGACGAGGAAAAAGGAGAAGGAGAAGAAGAAGAAGAAGAAGAGGGUUCAUUUUGCGGACGACGUGGUGGAUCCAAUUGGGAACGGCGAAGACUUCCGAAGGCACCACGAAAUCGCUUCCAACAACUGCGAUUCUACGCCGCCGUCGCAGAAGAGCGGCGGCGGGGGAGACAGAGGAAUGCCGGCCAACAGAGUGGCGCUCUACAACGGGAUUUUGAGAGAUCGUGUCGUUCACCGAUUCGCUUACUCUUGACAAAUUCUGGACCCUUCACCAAGUUUCUACUUAAUUCUAUGUUGACUUAGUCUCCUUUUUCUUUUUUUAAUUUUUGUGUACAAAAUUCAAGCUCUGGCUUCUGGGUGCGUUGUUGCUCAAAAUCACCGCCAGAAAAUUGUAAAGCCGAUUUUCUUUCCCCUGUACAGAGAUGACGUAAUUAAUUAAUAAUUACCCUCUUCAUAA